UCAAAAACAUCAGAGAAACGUAGCAAGCCAAAAACUUCAAAACCUUCUCAUAUCUGCCACUGCGGAGAACCCGAAGGAGUUCAGAUCGAACCAAAAGAAAAAAGUACAACCAAAGAUUUAGAAGAAGGUCAGAUGCAAAAAGUUGAAUCGAAUGCUAUGUCUGUAAAGUCACAUGCAGCUUGGAGUUCCUAUAAAUUAGAAGAAAUUCAGAAAGUCGACUGUUCAGAAGAGGGGAGAGGAUCCAAAAGUGCCAUGUCAGUUAAUUCAAAUGCCUCAACAAACUGCAGUUCUGCUGUUCCAGAUGGUUUAACUGAAGGAUUUCAAGCAUGUGACGACAAAGAAAAGAAAGAGAGAACGUCCAGUAGUCUAUCUGUGAAAUCCUUUAAGUCCACUAAAUCUGUAAAGGCACCACCACCACAACAUCAGCCAGAAGAGGAUGUGGAAGAACAGGCUGAGGAUGAUUCAGAGCUGAGGACACAGAGUUCACUGUCAGCUUUAUCCAGUGUGUCUGCUGAAUUAAAAAAUAUAGUACAAGAAGAAUCAGAGGAGGAGGACAAUCAGGUUACAGCUGAAGAAAACAAGGACAAUAGUACAAUAUCAAGGAAGUAUAAUCGUUCAAGAACUCCAGAAGAUAAAACUGAGGAAAACCUAGAAGACAAUCAAGUUGAUGGAGGGACUAGAUCAAGUUUAAUGUCUGCUGCUUCUGGGAAGUCAAUACUCAAGUCAGUAUCUCCAACAUCCAGGACAUCUGUGAGAGCAAAUAGUCCUUUGUCAGCAAAAUCCAGAGAAUCAAAGACCCCUGAGCUUUAUGAUACAAAAAAGGCAGACAUCAAGAAAAAUGAUAACACUGAAGAUGAGAAUGAACAGAGACCACAAAGCAAGCUGUCAGUCAAAUCUGAAAAGUCUGUCAAAUCAAACAUAUCUGCAAAAUCAAGCAAAUUAAAUCAAACAAAGGAUUAUUAUUGCAACAUUACAGAAAUAUCAGAUACUUCUGAAGCAAGAGCAUCAAGUGUGGCAUCAGAAGCAUCAUCUGGGUCAAAAUCUGUGAUAACAACUGAACAAAACUCCUGUGGAGAUAAUGGGACAACUGAAAGAGCAGGGAGUGUCAUGUCAGUAAAAUCUGGCCAGUCACACACCUCUGUCGUAUCUUUAAAAUCAGAAACCUCUCAAGUUUCAACAACUCACUCUGGUCAUUUGUGUGAUGAAAGAAAUGAUCUGUAUGCUACUGCGGGGAGAUCAAGUUGCAUGUCAGAUAAAUCCAUUAAGUCAAACAUUUCAGCAAGAUCAAGUAACCUGAAAGUCAGUGACAAGUUGAAUAAAGACAAUGUGGCAGAUGAGGAGCAGCAAGGAUCUAGUGCUAUGUCAGCAAAAUCAAAUGUGACAACCGAAUCAACCUUCUCUAAAGCUUCAGAAAAAUCUAAUCUGUCAAAGCAAAGUGAUGCUGUUGUUGAAGGAACCUCUGGAGAUCAUACUGAACAAAGAGAAAGAGCUCCAAGCAAUAUAUCAACCUCAUCUGCUCAAUCCUCAAAAUCACAUGCUUCUGCAGCAUGUAUAGAGAAGGAUGCCUCUGAAGUUUGUUCUAAUCCCUCUGACAGAAUAUUUAAUGAAGAAGAGGGGAGAUCAGUGAGCUCAAUAUCGGUCCAGUCAGUUAAGUCAAAUAUCUCUUUAAAAUCAGGUAGAACAAACUGUUCUACUUGUACUCAAGCUGCUGAUGCCACUGAGUCAUUUCUUCAAGAUAGUGAGGAAACAAAUUCUGAAAACAGAGCAGAAAAUUGUACAUCAACCAAAUCAGUUGAGUCACAAACAGUGAGACCAGCAAGUGCUACAUCCACAAAAUCAAAAAAUUCUACUAAAUCUACCAAAUCAAAUACUUCCAACAUAUGUUCAAACAAAAGGCCUGGUGAAGACACCACUGAAGAGGCAAUUCCAGAGAGAGCUCCGAGUGUACUUUCAGUCGGAUCUACAAAGUCAGCUAUUUCCAUUGAAUCUACAAAAUCAAAAUGUUCUACCCAUGAUUGGCAGGAGAAAAGCUCUGGUGAAGAAAAUGACAAAGAGCUGCUUCAGGAAAGACCAACAAGCAAAGGGUCACAUGUUUCUGAGAGGUCUGUAAAGUCUGCAGAAAGACCACAUAGUGUUUUAUCAGAGAAAUCAAACGUUUCUGAUAUUGAGUCAUGUGCAUCUGUUGAAAUUUCUGAUAACAGAGAUUGUGAAAAUGCCACUGAACAGAGAGCUCAGAGUGCACAGUCAAUGGAAACUGUAAGGUCAACUACAUCUGCCAAAUCUACUAAGGCACCAGAACAUGAUGAACUUCAUGAAAACAUAACUAAUGAUGAUGAAAUGGUGGAAAGAGCUGCAAGUAACAUGUCUGCCAGAUCAGAAAAAUCAACCAAAUCAAACAUUUCAACAAUUUCUAAACGGUCAAAGGUUGAUACAGGUUGCUUGGAGGUUGUCUGCCCUAAUGAAAGGGUUGUUGAAGGAGAGAAUGAAUGUAGAUCAGUGUCACCACUGUCAGUUGACUCGAUUGUUUCGACUAAAUCAAAUAAGUCGAUGCACUCAGCUAGAGGAGAGGAAGAUGGAAGACUUGUCAAUGAAGAAGAGAGACACAUGGUGCAUGGUGAGGAAAGACCACCAAGUAGUAUGUCAGCCAAAUCCAUCCAGUCAUCUGUGUCGGAAAUAUCAAUAAAGUCUGCAGGAAGAACACCAAGUUCUUUGUCAGCAAAAUCUGUAAAAACUAGCACUACUGGGGCUUGUUCAGGAAAGUGCCCUAAUGAAAGUAACACUGAAGAAGCACAAGCAAGAGCAGAGAGUGUGAUGUCAUCCAAAACUGAAAGGUCAACAAGCUCUGCCAAAUCAAACAAAUCAAAAGGACUGGGAAGUCGAGGAGAUUAUAUGGUCGAUGAUAAUGGACAAUUGGAGAGAUCCCCAAGCAAUUUGUCAGUCAGAUCAGAAAAAUCAACAAAAUCAAAUGCCUCUAAAGGAAGCAAAAGAUUAAAAGUUUCCAAACUCUGUUUGGAAAAUGAGGCUCCAGAUUCUGAAGAAAGAGCUGCAGGCAAUGGACGUGAAGACAAACCUUUAUCACCUCAGACAGUUAAAUCAAAUACAUCUAUAAAAUCAAUUAAAUUAAAAUGUUCUACUGAUACUCCACUUGCAAAAAGGUCAGACAAUUUUAAUUCAGAUAUUGAAAAUGACAAAGAGGCAAAUAUAGAAAGAGCACCAAGCAGAACGUCAACAAUUUCAAUCCAGUCAAGUGUCUCGGAAAUUUCUACCAAGUCUGAAGAGAGAGCAGCAAGUGGUUUGUCAGAAAAAUCACACGCUUCAGUGAUAUCAGACCUAAAAAAUAUUUCUGAAGUACCAUCUGAAAUACCUGCCCCUUUUGAUGAGGUAGGCAGUGAAGAUGAAGAGAGAACAAGUGUCAUGUCAGUCAAAUCAAUUAAUUCAUCAGUUUCUGAUAAAUCAACCAAAUCAGCAAGUCUGGAUUGUGAGAAACACACAGAGAGAUCAUCCAGUAACCUGUCAGUCAAAUCAGGGAGAUCAGAGAAAUCAAAUGCAUCAAAAAGAUCAAAAGUUUACGAAGUUGAUUUGGAGAACAGUGCUGACAACUCUGAUGUAAGAAUUGUCGAAGGGGAGAGUGAAGGAAGCACCAUUAGUAUGGUGUCUGCUCAGUCUGUAAAAUCAGAAUGUGAAAGGUGUGAUGAUGAACAUGAAAAUCCCAAAAGACCACCAAGCAGCACCUCAGCUAAAUCCGUCGUCUCACAUAUAUCUGAAAAAUCUGUCAAGUCAGCAAACAGACCUACAAGUGCUUUGUCUGCAAAAUCAGCAAAGUCAGACACUUCAGCAAAGUCUGUCAAAUCAAAUAUAUCUGAUGCGAUGUCUGGCAAAACUGUGGAAAGUCAAGAAAGAACAAACAGUGUUCUGUCAUCUAAAACUGCAAAGUCAGCUACGUCAACAAAAUCUUCCAAAGUAAAAAAACAUACAAGCCCAACAGAAGAAGAUGAUUGGGAAAAUGAAGACAGAAAUCCGAGCAGUAUGUCUGCCAGGUCAGUGACAUCAGCAAAAUCAAACAUCUCUAAAGUGUCCAAGGAAUCAAAAGCCUCUGCUGUUACUUGUGAGCUAAAUGCUAAAAGUGAUAAUGAAGAUGACUGUCAAGAAGAGCACAAUGAAAGCAGAUCACUGAGUUCAAUGUCAAUCCAUUCUGUCAUGUCAGAUAUUUCUACAAGAUCAGGCACGUUGAAAUGUUUAAGUGAUAAUCCAGUUCAAGAGCUCAUCACACGAUCAAAUUCAGUUAUUUCUAUAAAGUCAAAUAGCUCUGGAGUUUUUUCUGAUACUAACCAAACUGGGGAGAGAACAGAUAACAGAUCAGAGAGUGCAAUGUCUGCAACAGAAGAAUGUGUAUGUGGUCUUGAUCAGGUAGAAAGACCAGCAAGCAGUUUAUCAGUAAAUUCUGCAAAAUCAGCAAUGUCAAAUGUUAAUGGGACAUCUACAAAAUCAAAAACGUCUAACAUUCCCUCUGAUCAUGAACAGGAAAUUACUGCUUCGGAUAUUGAAGAGGAAGGAAACUUGUCAUCAUCACAGGUGACCAAGUCAAAUGAUUCUGGUUGUUCAAAAAAGUCCAGAUGCUCUGAUGUUGCAGCUGCUCAGAGCAUUGAGACCCCCAAUGGAGACAACAGUGAUGAAAAAAUGCAAGACAGAGCUGAAAGCUGUACAUCUGUUAAAACAGGUCGCUCCCAUGUAUCUGAAAGACGCAUUGGAUCUAAAGCCUCUAGUCAGGCUAAUGAAGGGGUGGAUGAACAUGAAAAAAGAAAAGAGACUGCAUCCCACACUUUAACGGUUGAACUGGCAAAAUCACUGUCCACAGAGACAGAAACGUCUGUGAAAUCUAGUGGCUCAAACACUGAUGGUGUACUAGCUGAAGAUUAUGUUGCAGAAAGUGACAGCAUUGUAGAGAGAGCAGGAAGUCAGGUGUCUGACAGAUCUGCAAAGUCAAAAUCUUCAACAAAAUCCAAGAGAUCAACAGGGGGAGAUUUAGGUAAAGAAAACUCAAAAGAAGAGAGCUUUGAAAGACCACUGAGUUGCAUGUCUACUAGCUCAGUAAAGGAGUCAGUUGAGCAAGCUGCAAGUACAAGGUCAUCAAAACCAAACAUUUCAAGAAUUUCAGCAACUGUUUCUCAGGUUUCGGACACUACUCUCAAUGAUGAAAACACUAAUGAAAGGUCAUCAAGCAACAUCUCAACAAAUGUAAAAACUUCAUCAAGAGUGACAACGCCAUCUGACGUUACUUCAGUGGACGGCACUUCAAAUGGAGAAGGAAAAACACAAAGACCUCCAAGCACUUUGUCAGCAAAAUCUGCUAAAUCUUCAAAGUCCAGUAAAUCUACCAAAUCUUCUAAGUUACAAAUCUCUAAUAAACCAGAUGAAGAAAUAAGUGUGGAAGACAUGAAGCGUCCACCAAGUAAUUCAUCAAUCAAAUCAACAAUAUCAAGGCAUUCAGAUGGCGGAUCAAAUAAUUCUGAAUUCUUAGCCAUUUCUCCUGAAAAUGUUGCUGAUGAGAACACAGACGACAUUGAGAUAAAAACGUUUAGUCCUGUUUCUGCUAAAUCCCUUAAGACAAAUGUAUCAUCUGUCUCCACAAAAUCAAAAGCUUCACAUUCACAAAAAGCCACAGAAGAUCAGUCACAGAGGUCUCACAGUGUGUUGUCAAUAAAGUCUGACACUUCUUCAAGAACCAUACAGUCAAAUGGAUCUUGCAUCACCCCUGGGCAGAAGACUGGGAUGGAUGAAGACAAUGAGUCAGAAGCAAAAUCAAGCAAAUUAAUAGAUCCUGAUAUUCCUAAGGAAGAAUCCAACCCCCACAAUGAUGAAAACGCUUCAGAGAAAUCUGAGGGAACACAGAGUCGUACAUCAACAAAAUCCCGAAAAUCCAAAAAUUAUUGUGUCCCAGUCGAAGAAAGUUCUACAUAUGUGGAAGAGAGAGCAUUCAGUCCUGUGUCGACAAAAUCAGCAAAAUCUGAUCCAUCUGAAGCACUAAGCAGAUCUGAAGUGCCCUCGGUAACAAUUGAAGAGAGUGAAGACAGAUCCCCUACUGGCACGUCGUCAAAGUCCAAGGCUUCAGGGCGUUCAAAAAAGUCAAGGACCUCAGAGAUUCAUGGAUCAAAAAGUUCAAGAAAGUCACAAAGUUCUUUGAGUGUACACUCACAUAUGUCUGCUAAAUCUAAAAAAAACAAUGUAACAGAUGUCUCCACUGCCAGCGUGGUUUCUGAGAAUACAGAAGAAAGUGUGACUUCUUCAGAAGUCAAAGAAGGCCCAGCUGAUAAAAGAAGUUCUAAGACCAAUAGGUCAAGAGAGCAGGGUAAAGAAGAUGCAGGCAUUUACCUAAAUAAACAUCCAGUAAUUUGCCAUGCAGACUCAGAUGAAAGUGACCUGUCACAAACCCUGUCUUGUUCAGAUAAAGAGAUUUGUGAAACUUCCUCCCCUGGAAAAUCUAAAUCUUAUGUUUCUGACAGGAUAGCAAAUGGUUCAGUAGAAGCCACAGACACUGUCUCUGAUAAAGGUGGUAGAGGCAGUAAACAUAAGGAAAAGGAUGAUGCUGGUGACUUUGACCUGGUUCCAUCUAUCUUACCUAAUGCAUCCCCCACCGAAGUAGUAAAUGAAUGGCUUAAAACCUUACCAACAGAGAGAGUCCUUUAUGAAAUGGAAGAACUUAAUGAAAACAGCAAUGGAGUAAAAGACAAUGUUGUAGCUGAGGAAACGGAUACAGCAGAAAAAGCUGAAAAGAAUGAGUCUGAAGCUGAAAAUUCAAAAGAAGUAAAUGGCGUGGACAAUGUCCAAAAUGACUAUCAAACAUGCUUAGAGACACCAACUGAAGGUAAUAUCUGUACUCAGAGAGAAGAUGCAAGCUUCAACUCUUCCAUACAAGUUAUGAAAGUACUUUUAAACCCUAAGCUUGACAGAUGCAACAGUUUACCAGAAAUCUCACCUGUAUAUGGGCGUAAGCUAAGUACCUCAGCUCAAGGUCUUUUAGAUUGCCUUGUAAAGUUGCAGUUAAUAGACCAUGACCCUAAGAAUGCAAAUGAAAAGAAUGAAAGAUAUCAGGAGCUAAUGAGUAUUCUUCAGUCCCUUUGGCUUUCCAAUCCCUCAGAAGAGGAACAUUUACAAAAUACUAGCGAUCAUCAUUCUGUUGAGGGGGAGUACAAUCACACCUCAUCCUCUGGUGUGGAUGUAAACAGUGGAUCCACUGGUUCUGGGAAGAGUAGUGAUGGAGUGAAGAACAGUAACAAUGUAAACAUUGAUGGAUCUCAACCUCAGAACAGUUUAAUAGAGAAAACAUACAAUGAAACAGAUGCCCAGUGGAAACCAGAAAUAGAAGAAGUAAACCAAGAAGAGGAGGAUCCAGCCACAGAUGAAACGAUAAGAAGUAAUGAUAGUCCAAGAGAACCACCUGAAACACCAUCGUCCUCGAACAAAAGUUCUGGAGAAUCCAGCAGUAAUGAUGAAAAACUCUCCAAGAAAUUAUCUCAAGAUUCUGAUCCCGUUUGGGUGCUAACUUUGCUAAAUAAAAUAGAGAAGCAGUUUAUGACACAUUAUAUCAGCGCAAUGAAAGAGUUAAAAGUUCGAUGGAGCCUCGGAGAUACCGAUCAGCUUGACACAAUGAUAGAAGAACUCAAAACUGAGGUGCACAACAAAAUUCAAAUAAGCAUUGACAGAGAAGUGAGGAAAAUUGAAGGCAGAGUAGGGUUACCAAGACCUCCAACAGAAGCAACAUCCAGAACAUCAAAUAAACAAACAGAAGAAAGAAGACCGGGGGUGAAGCUCAAGCUCCAACAGUCAAUGGAUUCACAAGGUGAAAAAAGCGAUUCAACAACAGGGACAUUAUACAGUGACCAGCGAGGUGAAAAUAUUGAUGAAUACUGUCCAUGUGAAACAUGUGUGGAGCAAAACCUUAAUUCCAUACCACCUCUCUCCGUGGAAGUAAGAAGAACUGCACCUGUUGUUACGGACUAUGACCUGAAAAGGAUUCCGCUGAAGAAUACCGCAGUUGAUUGUGCAGCUCCCUGUGGAAAUGACGAUGACACAAUGACAGCGGAAACACUUGUUGAAAAAGUUAUUAUUGGAGCAAUAAAGGAAGUAGAAAUCAAUAAAACGCAACAAGUUGGAGAGGAAGCCUUUGAAUUUACAGCAGAUGAAAAGGAAGGAGAUGAUGCCUGCCUAGACGAUCAGACAACUACUGAAGAAUCAGUUAAGGUCUUUGCUACAGACAAUGAGGAGAAGACAGGCACAGAAGGCGUUGAAAGACCAGGAAGUGAGAGUGGAGCCAUACAUACUGAAGAAACUGCUUCAGAAGAAGUGACUGAUGAUGCAAUCACACCAGGUGGAGAAAGUGGAUUCAAUGUGAAUAGUGAAACAGCAGAGAAAUAUACAGAUAUGUUGAGCAGCGUGUCUGAGGAUGAGGAUGAAGAAGAAAUAACUGCGGCAAUGCCAGUUAAAUAUAUCACUGCUUCUACUAAACAGUUUCCUAACCAUGCAAAUGAAGUACAUGAUGAUACAGUUGCUUUUGCUAAUGCUGAUGUCCAAAGCAAAGAAGAAACAGAGAAAGAUGUUUCAGUGGAAGCGUCAUCGCCAACCAAACUGGAAGCUUCCCAGGAGGAUGCAAAAAUGGAUUGGGUAAAGUUGAGGAGACAGUUGCUCCCAUCAGUGCAAAUAAUUGUUCACAUGAAAAAUAAGAAACAAUCAAUGAUGAAUGCUAAGAAUAAUGAUACAGUUACGAUUAAUGAAAUGGUGAAGGAUCAGACUGAAGAAGAAGAAGUAGAAGAAAGUGAAGCAGAAACUGAUGUGGUACAAGACACUAUAAUCUUAAGUGAAAAUGAGCCAUCAGAAGAGAUUGAAUGUAGCGAGACUGAAAAUAAAGAACCUGCAGUUGAGGUUAGUGUAGCACAAACAUCUGAUGUCAAAUCCAGCGAAGAAGAGAAUCAGGAGAGUUUCUUAGAGGUGGGAUCUAAUGCAACCUUGUCGGAAGAUGAAAAACAAGCUAUGGAAAUAUCCUCAGUAGCCACGAGUGAGCAUACACCUGUGGCAAUCUUAACUAACCACAAAUAUGACAUAGAGGAAGUCAGGCAAGGUACCAGUACCACUAGUGACCAGGACUCUGCGGAGGAGUCAGGUGGCAGCAGCGAUGAAGAUGAAAGUGAAGAUGAAAGGGAGGGCACAAUUAAUGAAUUAUCGAGUAAAGAAGAGGAAGAAACAACUGGCGAUGAGCUUUCUGUUACAAGUGAAACAAAACUGCAAAAAAACCAAGUCUCUGCAGUUGGAUAUGAAGGCACAAAAAAACCCAAUGAGGCAGAAUCAGAGGUUCAAGCAUCAGAAAAAGAAGAGUUUGAAGAGGACAGCACAGUUGAUCAGGAAGAGACAAUUUCUCCAGUCAAUUCUAAUGACUCUCCUGAUGAGAGUGAAGCAGCCGUAGGUGAAUCCUCUGGAGAAUCAGACGAGGGCGCAACAACAGAAGAUGAAACGGAUGUUAAAAAACAAACUGCAGUCACAGGAGAAGAUGAAACUGUAAUAGCAGCCAGUCCUGAUCAAUCUGAUUGUGAGGAAGCAGGGCAGGUCACUCCACAAGAGGAUACAGAUGCAGAGGCUCAUAAGGGUUCUUCAACUAAAAGUGAAGAUGAAAAUGAAGAAUCAGAGACAGCUAUAAGUGAGCAUAAAUCAGAGAAAGAUUCAGCAGAAGGAACCGACACAGAUGAAGAGAAGCUUCCCGCUGUCAGUGCAGAUGAGUUUGUAGAUGAAAACAGGGAUUCAUCAACAGAAGAUGAAUCAUCAGAAGAAGACAAUGAAGAAGCAACCACCAAAGAUGAUAUUUCUACUGAUAAAGAGAUUUUUCCGGCACAAAAUGGUGAAUCAAAAGUUGUGACUCCUAAAGAGGAAGCUACAGCAGAGAGGACGGAGAAUGAAGAAGUAGAAACAGCUGACGAUGAAGAAAGUGGCACUGCCAGUGAGAAUGACUCUGCAGAAGACAUAAACGGCACCACAAAUGACGACGACAAUGCAGAGGACAAUGAAGACAUGAGUAGUGAACUGUCAAUUGAAUAUGCUGAAAAUCAGACAAAAGGUGAGCAGACUGGGGAAGAAGCAACUGUAAAAAGUACAAGUGUGCACAAAUUUGAAGAAGCAGAAGAGGAAGAAGCGGUUGACUGUAAAGAAGAAACGGAUAAAGUAAAACAUAUACAUGAUCUUGGUCUCGCAAGUGAAGCUGAAGACGACCAAGAAGAUGAGAUUGAUGAAGAUACAACUGAAAAUGAAUCUGGUAAGGAUGAAGUGGAAGAAACCACAAGCAGACAGGGAUCUGACUCAGAAGAUGAGACAAAUGAAGAGAAAGAAGAUAAGCUAAAAGAACAAAGUAUUGAGGCCACUGAUGCUGAAGAGGAAGAUAUGGUCAAAAGCAAGAGUGACUCUGUAGAGGGUAACGAUGCUUCUUCAAGUGAUGAAACUUCAGCUGCAGAAGCAGAACAUGAAAUCAACAAGGCCUAUAAUGUAGCAAACGAAAAAGAGUCAGAGCAAACCUCAGGUGGUGAAGAGUCUGAUGUUUCCUCAGAGACUAAUCCUGAAUCUACAUUCGAAGGAAGUUCCAAAGCUGUGAGUGAAAAUGAAUCUGAGGCAGAAGGCAGCAGCUCAGCAAUAGAUGACAAAAAGUCUGCAAACAACUUAAGAGCAGGCAAACGUGAAACCACAGCUCAGGAGGACACAUCAACAGUUAAAGAUGAUGAUGAUGAUGAUGAUGAUGAUAAUGAGUCAGGAGAAGAGGAGUCUGAAGAUGAGGUUGUAGAUACAACUCCACAAGAAUGUACUGAUGAAAGUGAGUCUUUGAGUCAGGCUGAACCUGUUGAGCAACUUUUAUUGGCCAAAGAACUUGAAUCAUCAGGAAAAAUGGAAGAGAGCAUUGAAGUUUUUCAAGAAGAAAAAAGCCAAGAAGAUAAAACACCUCUUGAAGAAUCUGAAUCAGUCGAAAAUGAAAGUGACUCUGAAUCCAAAUGUGAAGAUUGCUCUGAAGCUGUCACGAAAGGACAAGAAGAUUAUAAACUAACAGAUGAAGAUGUGAGUGAAGUAGAAAUGAUUGGCAGCGAAAUUACAAAGAGAGACAGUGGAGAAAAAUCCAGAUCUAAAGAUCAGUGUGAAGAAGAGUGUGCAUGUGAAGGAUCUGCAGACGAAGCAGAAGAUGAAUCUGGAGAAGAGAAGGAGCCACAAUUUACUGAAAACAAAAAUGCCACAACAGCUGCUUUGAAUGACAGUGUCAAGGAUUCUGAAAAGGAAGAUGAAGAUACUGACACAGCCAUUGAUGGCUGGAGUGGAAGCUUAGGAGACUCGGCUGAUGGAGAAGACGAAGCUGAGGAAGACUCAGAACCUGGAGAAGACACUGCUGAUGGAGAGAAGCCUUUUGUUGCAGACAAGCUGGGGAGUUUAGAUGCAACUAAGAAAACUGCCAAGAAAACAUUACUAAUCCCUCUUGAUGCUUUGAUGAAAGAGAGAGCUGAGUCGGAGGAUGGUGCUUUUGCUGAUAUUGAAGAUUCUGAGACUGAGACACAUGGCCAAGACGAUGUUACAAGCCUCGAGUCAAAGAGUUUGAAAAAGCUAUAAGUUAAAAAAAAAAAAAAAAUCAAGAGAUUGCUUGAUGAAUGUGAUUCUGUCUGGAAAUUGCAAAUUAUCUCAUUCAUCAGUGAAGGGAAGAAAGUCCCUUUAUAGAUCUGCAAAGUCAGCAAAAGAUAACAACAAAGUUUAGAUUGCUCUUGUAACUUUGGAUCUUCUAUGUUAUUAGUUUCAGAUAACCAUAAACUGGAUGCACUUUUUUGAGAAUUUUAAACAGUGAAAUGCUAUAUCUGCACUGCUGGUCAUACAAUUGCAUGAAAAGAGAAUCUGAAAUACUUGAAUGUACAGUAUGUACUGUAUUUAGCAGGUUUCCAUAAACAGGAUAUAAUUGUAGUGCAUUUAUUCUGUUGUGGCGGAAUAUAUUCUCUUUGUAGGACUAAAAUAUGUUCGACCGCAGUUUGUCUAAAUAAGUUCUAUUAAAAACAAAGUCAUAUAUUUUUCUAGUCAAUAAGACAAUGAUUAUAUAUAUUGUCAUUUUUAGCCCACAACUGUGUGGGUUCAGGGCUCACCAUGGCUGCAUGACAGGUAAUAACAGGGAUGACAGUAAAUAUUCAUUAUUGUGAUGCAUAAUAUGGUUUUUGCUCUGUUUCGUAGCCCAUGCAGAUGUGUAUCAAAAUACAUUCUUCUUAAGUAAGCUUUUGCUGAGUGUACUGCAGAAACUGUAACAUCUUCAAAAAUAAAAACGUAAAGUGAUA